AUAAUGAGAGGAGGAGCUGGGAAAGAUAUUAAAAUGAUUAUCCUCUUGAUUUUGUCUUGUAUUUUUGCUGUUCAAGCCAAAUCCUGGUCACGGCAGGUGACCAGUGUGAAUUCUCCGACCGGUCAACUUGAUAUUCAGACCAGGAUUAUAUCCCCCUCACCAGGAUUUACUAUACUUUACGAUUCUGAUGUUUCCUAUGAUGGAAGUUAUGAUGGAAGUGUUUUGGAGAACGAGGGAGAUUAUAGAGUUUGCUUCAGUAAUCAUAUGUCUACCUGGGCCGUCAAAACUAUCUGGUUUGAGGUGAAAGUAAAAGAAACAGAUGAUGAAGAGGAUUAUCAGUAUGAAGAAAAUGAAUAUAUUGAUGAUGAAGAAAUGGCAGGUAUGGUGGCAGGAAAUGAAAAUGAUGCCACCCUAUUUGAUUUAUCGGUUGAUGAAAUAAGAGGAAGUGUUCAGAAAGUGAGGAUUGGUGUUGGAAAAAUCAGACAUUUCCAGCUCAUGUUUGGAGCUUCUAUGAAUGCGGACACUCAUCAAGCAUCUAGCAACAUCGAAAAAAUAAAUUUUUGGUCAUUUAUUCAUCUCAUUCUUAUUCUACUAGUUGGGCUGGUUCAGAUGUCUGUUGGCUGCUUUCCUUGGCAAACGAAAGACUUGGGAGGAAGUGAUGGAAGUCUGUAUAAUCAGGAUGAAGAGAAAAGGGACUUUGGAAUGCGCCGAAGCGCCUCGGAAAUAAAACUUACAAAGAAGAAGAAAGAUGAACGAAAAGAUAAAUCAAGAAGUGUACACUUUGAUGAUGGUUCGACAACAAAUAAUAUUUCAAUAAUUGGGGAAAGAGAAAAUGACAUCACGACUGAUACUUCAAGAACUGGUAAUUGGAACUUCAAGACAAUGUUGAAGAGGUCGAUGUCUACUGAAGACCCUGUCUUGAACCCUGAGAACAGGAUGAUCAGGAAGAAGGAUGGAUCUCUUGAUGAAGGGUUUGAAAGCUGCUCUGAGGGAGUCCAAGGAAGAGCUACUAAGGAAACCAGGAACCCUGAGAAAGAACUGAACCAGGCAAAAAGUAAAGAUAUAUUGGAUGAGAAUCAUGAUAAAGAUAAUGAUGAAGUAAAAGAUGUUGAAUAUGACACUAUUACAUCUGUAGAAGUGUCUAGUAAAGUUGAAGGUGUAGAGAUUCCUCCUGCUAAACCAACAAGAUCAUCAAUAUGGGCAAAUGGUGGAAGUAUUUUGAAUGAAAUUCCUUUAUCCUACUACAGCUUUGAUUUUACCCUAAUUUGUGGAAAAGAUCUUCUUGCAAUGGACAAAGGAGGCACUAGUGAUCCUUAUGUUGUAAUUCUGAAGGACCAGCAACAGCUUUACAGAUCUGCUGAAGUUAAGAAGACGAUAAACCCUGUUUGGGAGGAGACAAAAACUUUAUACUUGGAUUCUCUCUCUACACUUACACUUCAGGUGUUUGACAAGGAUACUGUUGGUAAAGAUGAUUUUAUGGGUCAAUCCGUCCUUCAGAUUAAUACAUUAGAGAUUAACAAAAAGUAUGAUCUAUGUUUGGAACUUGAGUUUGGAGACAGUAAUCAAUUGAGGAAGAAAGCUAAAAAGGCGCAAAAUCAAUUGGGAAGAAUAGAAUUGUGUGUAACCCUGACUUCUAUAACAAAACUGGAAUAUAAUCAGGGAAUACGUAGUAUGAAAAAUAUCAACUCAAAAGAUUUCAAAGCGACAGGUGUUGUACAUGUGGUUCUCGUACAGGCACGCUCUGUCAAAGCAAUGGAUCACGGUAACAGCUCUGAUCCGUACUGCAAGGUAUCUCUUGGAAAAGAAAAGAGGAAAAGUCGAGUUUGUAGUUCUACGCUUAAUCCCAAGUGGCGCGAAGCUUUGGAUUUCUAUUGGUUUGAGGAGUUUACAGAUUUUCUUGAAAUCCAGGUUUGGGAUCAAGAUGUUGGCGAGAAGGAUGAUUAUAUGGGAAGGGUAGAUAUAGAUCUACGUGAACUCAGACAUGAGGUCUCCCAUAACCUUUGGAGAGAAAUACAGGAAGGAGAAGGUAGUCUGAAUGUCAUCAUAACAAUUUCAGGCACAAGCAAGAAGUCCUCGCCUUCAAACCUGGAUAAUUUUGACCAGGCUUGUCUUCAGCAUUUGGAGGAGAAUUUUACAAUAUCAAACUCGUUCAGAAAUAUCCAGGAUGUUGGAAGAAUGAUUGUUAAAGUUCUAAAAGCUGAAGGAUUAGCAUCUGCAGAUAUCGGUGGAGCUAGUGACCCUUUUGCAGUUCUUGAGCUAGUUAACCAAAGAGUGCAAACUGAAACGAAGAAUAAAACUCUGAAUCCAACCUGGCAAAAAGUGUUUAUUUUUGAUGUACUGGAUAUCCACGAUGUUCUGGAGAUUACUGUAUAUGAUGAAGACAAGGAUCAUAAAUUUGAGUUCCUAGGAAAGCUGAUGCUUCCUCUAUUGCGUAUAGAGAGUGGAAGACGACGUUGGUUCACACUCAAGGAUAGAACUAUGAGACGAAAAGCCAAGGGUGCAUUUCCCCAAAUUCUGCUGGAACUUCAUCUUUUUUGGAAUCCGAUUCGGGCAUCUAUCAGGACUCUUAAUCCAAAACAAUUAAAGUACGAAGAUAGAUCAGACAUCAAGUUCAAGUUUUCAACCUUCAACAAGAACGUGAACAGGGUGAAGACCGCCACAGCAGGGUUCGAUCCAGAGAUCUUAGCCAGGGAACUCACGAGUAUCUUGAACUGGGAGAAUAAGUUGAAGACGAGUGUUGUAUUCCUUGGAUAUCUUCUUGGAGUUUACUUCUUCCAACCUUGGAUGAUAACUUUCGGACUUCUUGUUCCAUUUAUUCAGAACCUUGCGAUAAGAAGAUUAACUGGAGGAGGAGAAGAGGAGAAGGAUUUAGAAGAGGAAAACCAAGAGGAAAAUAAUUCAACAAAAGCUGAAGAGGAGAAGAAAAGUAUAAAAGAAAAAAUGCAAGCAAUGCAGGAAAUUGCGCUCACUAUUCAGAAUCAUUUGGGAUUUCUUGCACAUGCUUUAGAAUGUGUAAAAAAUGUUUUUAACUUCAGUGUUCCAUUUAUAUCUUGGCUAGCGUUUGUUCUGCUGGCUAUUAUCACAGUUGUACUAUACAUGCUACCAGUUAGAUUACUACUGAUCCUGUGGGGUGUAAACAAGUUUACAAAGAAGUUGAUAAGACCUCAAGCAAUCAACAAUAACGAGCUGGUCGACUUCAUCUCAAGGGUACCAGACAACGAGGAACUGAAAGAUUUCCGAGAAAUAAGGGAAGAAAAUGAACAGGAUAAAAAGAGAUUACAGAAACUUCCAACUAGAGACUCGGAUAUUAUUUAGAGGGGGAGGAGUGAAAUAACCACGCCCCCAAAGAAACCAUCAGACAGCUGACGGAAUAUUAAGUGACCAUUCACUUGAUCACAAGAUGUCGUCAGCGAUUCACAACAGUGCCUUGUAGAAACUUAUAUCCAUCGUUUUUCAUGUCGGAUGAUGAUUUAAGGCUUUUCUGGAUUUCUUCUGCACAGACAAGCAAGAAAACACCAGAGAAUAUUCGCAUUUACAUUACAAUUGCUUUUUUAAAACUCAAGCAUUUAAAACAUCUAAAAUUAUAUACAUUUAGAUUGUAAGAGUUUGUACUUUUGCAACCACCUUUUUCUACCUCUAAAUUAAAUCUUUUAUAUUUGAAAUAUAAAAUUGAAUUCUU